AUGGGCAAUGCCAAGAGCAGCGCGAUGUCCAAGGAGAUCCUGGAGGACCUGAAGCUCAGCACCAAGUUCACGGAGACCGAGCUCACGCAGUGGUACGAGAACUUCAAGAAACAGUGUCCCUCGGGCCGCAUCACGCCCGAAGAGUUCGAGAGCAUCUAUGCGCGCUUCUUCCCGGACAGCGACACCAAGACCUACGCGCACCACGUCUUCCGCUCCUUCGACACCAAUGACGACGGGACGCUGGACUUCAAGGAGUACAUCAUCGCCCUGCACAUGACCUCCUCGGGCAAAAUGAGCCUGAAGCUGGAGUGGGCCUUCUCGCUCUUCGAUCUGGACAAGAACGGCUACAUCACCAAGUCGGAAGUGGCAGAGAUCUGCCAAGCCUUGUUCAAACUGAUCCCUGUAGACGAACAGUCCAAGUUACCGGAGGAUGAGAACACACCUGAGAAGAGAGCAAACAAACUCUGGGCCUACUUUAACAAAGGGGACAAUGAAAAACUGGCUGAAGGAGAGUUCAUCCAAGGAGUACUAGAUAAUGAGAAUGCUCUUCGCCUUAUCCAGUACCAGCCCCUGGAGAAAUAA